AUGACUCUACCAUCGACAGCAGAUGCGCAUCUUUUGGUAUCAAGAUUCCUUGAACACUACGGCUAUUCCGAAACACUUGCUUCAUUUCGCCGUGAAGCUGGACGACUAGCUUCUAUGAAUAUGGAUUCUCCUGCGAAUGAUAAUCAAGAAUUAAACGCUGAACGUUUGGCCUCUCAUCUUUCACAUUUACAGCUGAACGGUAGAACAAGUAGCAGGUUACCUCAAGGUGACUCUGACUUUUUCACGACCUUGAAUGACACCUAUUCACAACUUCAUACCACCAAUAUUCUUGCAACAUGCGUGGAUCCGGCAUCAAGGAUACUAGCGACAAGUGCGACGGAUAAAACAGUGAAACUUCAUAACUUGACAACCAUAGGCACUAUUACUUCCACUUUCGAGAUAUAUACACAUCAUGAUGCACCUGUUCUCAGUAUUGAUUUUCAUCCUCUCUAUACCCAUAUCAUGUUGACAACUUCUAUGGAUGGCAGUGCGGUACUUGUAGAUACAUUUUCUGGUGAUGUGGUACAACGGUUCAAGGAUCAUCAACGGUAUGUUGUGCGCGGUGCGUUUUCCAAUAAGGGUGACUAUUUUGCUACAGCUUCCUAUGACCAUACACUCUGUAUCUAUCAAGAUAAAAGAUCUCCGGACAACAAUGAUGUGAGUCCUUGUUAUGAAUUGAUUGGCAAGUUUUCUUUCCUUGGCAAUGUGGAAACCAUUUGUUUCGCAUCCAGUGUUUUAGUGGCUGGGAUCCAAAACGACAAUUACCUUCAUAUGAUUCGAUUACAGGAUGUCCCUUAUGAAGAAAGGAAACUCAACAUGAAUGCGAAUGGGGAUGAUUGGGUCUCGUUCAGUCCAACAUGGAUCUCGUAUUGUCCUGCGCCUGGUUAUGAAAACUAUUUGCUAGUAUCGACAGAUCAUGAUACUGGACGCAUCUUACUUUUGGAUACCCUGACUGGACAACAAAUACAGAAUUACUAUGUGGCUCCUUGCGACAACAAAUUCAUCACUAGACGUCAUAUUUUCCACCCAUCUGGUUUGUAUUUUUAUGUGAUUGGUGGUGAUGAUAAUACUGUUAAGGUUGUGGAAACAAGUUCUGGUCAUAUUCAAGCUACUUUGGAUGGUGCUCAUGAUCGCAUGAUUAGAACAAUAACUUUGAGUGCGACCUGCUUAUACACUGCUGGCUUUGAUCAUAAAGUGGCGCUUUGGAGCAAGACAUCUACCAGUGAUACUGAUUUGAUACGUUGA